GUCCACUCCACUCGGAGUAGGUAUCUCGACCAUCGUCUCCCUGUCCAUCUUCUCUGUGCGUCUCUCUCUCUGAACGACUGAAUUGAUUAGGGGUUCACUACUGAGUCAAUCUUCAGGGUCUGCGAUGGAGGUCGAAGCUACCAGCAAUAGCGCUUUCUCUCGUAUAAACUGUGGCGAUUAUGGAGUCUCUGGUAAGCCUGAGUCCUUCGAGCCGGAAACUUCAGAGUCGCGGGAACUCGCUGUGCAAAUGGCGAAGAGUGGGUUGGAAUUGGAGAACAUUGAAGCUCAGGUCAGUCCUAGUGAUUCUUCUAGGUCACCAUGUCCUUCCAGCGCGGCGAAGGAUGUUCAGAAGGUUUACAGGAGCUAUCGAACCCGGCGCAUGUUGGCGGACUCGGCUGUGGUUGCUGAAGAGCUCUGGUGGCAAGCGCUCGAUUUCGCUCGAUUAAAUCACAAUACAAUUUCGUUUUUCGACUUUUUGAAGCCAGAAACGGCUGCGUCGCGGUGGAAUCGUGUCGGUUUGAAUGCUGCCAAGGUUGGAAAAGGCUUGUCUAAAGAUGCCAAGGCACAGAAGCUAGCUUUUCAGCACUGGAUUGAAGCUAUUGAUCCAAGACACCGUUAUGGGCAUAAUUUGCAUAUCUAUUAUGAUGAAUGGCGUAAAACUGAUUCUGGUCAGCCCUUCUUCUACUGGUUGGAUCUCGGCGAGGGCAAAGAGGUUGAUCUUAGAAUAUGCCCAAGGUUAAAACUUCAGCGACAAUGCAUCAAAUAUCUGGGGCCGCAAGAGAGAGAACAUUACGAGUACGCCAUUGUUGACGGGAAAAUAUUGAACAAACAAACGGGGAAGCCUCUUGAUACCAUUAAAGGUUCUAAAUGGAUCUUUGUAAUGAGCACCUCUAAGAGACUUUAUGCCGGAGAGAAAAAGAAAGGUUUAUUUCACCAUUCCAGCUUUCUAGCUGGAGGUGCUACGGUAGCAGCUGGUAGGCUCGAGGCUGAAAAUGGAGUACUUAAGAGUAUCUCGGCUUACAGUGGACACUAUAAGCCGAGCGACAAUAGUCUUGAUGGAUUUUUGUCAUUUCUCAGGGAAAAUGGAGUCGACCUAGACGACGUCGAGGUACGUAAAGCGAACGAAGACUACGACUACCUCGACAACGGAAAAUUCACCGAAGAAGGAUCCAAAGACGAACAAUCCUUACCAUCGCACGAUCUUAACAACAAAGACGAACACUUGUCAACCGAGGAAUACAAACUUCCGCAACCCGAAACUGUUUCGGAGUACAACCGAUCUCUCUCCGGCGGGCUUCAGAGCCCCAAAGCAGACGUGCCGAAGACUGCAAUACUACAGAGGAUCAGUUCAAAGAAAGCCGUGAAAUCGUACCAGUUGGGCCAUCAACUCUCCGCCAAAUGGUCCACCGGUGCCGGCCCCAGAAUUGGCUGCGUUGCCGACUACCCGGUCGAGCUGAGGUUACAGGCAUUGGAACUCACUAACCUCUCUCCCCGGUCUUUCCCGCAGUUUCCGGUAUCGACUCCGACUAGGAUUUCUGCUAUUGUGCCGCCUGCUGGCUUACGAUCUCCGGCGACGCCGCCGGCAACGGCCAGUUGAGAACUUGACCGUUGAGUCUGCCGGUGUGCUUUGUUACCGGUUUAAACUUAGUCUACCAUUGUUGUGUAUAUGUAUCUGCGUAAGUAUACCGUGCCGAAAACUGGCUGCUGAAAUUCAUGUCAACCGUUGGAUGAAUAUGAUAUGUUAUGGAUUCUCGAGAUUGAAUUGGUGGUAAGCACAAUUCUCUACCUAUGUUCAAUAAAUUUUACUUCCCCUUUUUUAAAUA